GUCAAAGAAACGACAAACCGGAGAAUGAGAACGGUGUGAAUGUGCAAUUUUCAGGAGAAGCUCUCGACGUAGCAACAAAAUUUCAAAGAUUACAAAAUUCUGUCGUUUCAUUAAAAAAGAAAAAUGAAGCUUUCGAGAAAGAAAAAGGGGAAUUAAUUAAUAAAUUUCAUGAGUUAACUGUAAAAAAUGAUCAAUUACAAACAUCUUGUAAUGAAUUAACCUCACGUUACGAUUCCGAAAAAAGAAGAUGGCAACAAAGGGCUAAUGAUUCAGAUCUUGAAAUUCAGGCGUUAAAAAAACAACUUAAUGAAUUGAAAGAAGAAGCGUCUAGAUAUCAAUCUGCAUUAGGUGAAGCAACAAAUGUUCGAUUUGGUGAUAAUGAUAGUAAUAAUCAAGUACAACUUUCAAAAGCGAUUAUUGAAAUGCAAAAUUUAUUGGUGGAAUUCACUACCGUUAAAGGAAAAGAUAUUACUAUUAAUGAAAAAGCUGCUUUCGAACUAUUGAAUGCUUAUAACUUGCCAUUUUACAACGACAAACUUUUGAAUUCAAUGAAUCAACCUCCUAUUGAUGACGCCAAUCUCGAAUCUGAAAUAACUACUCAUAUGAUAACAUUAUGUAACUUAAUUAGUCGACUUGCUGAAACUAGAAAUGGAACUGAUGAAAUCACUCGUGUGGCUCCUGUAAAAGUCCGUCAACAAGUUUAUACCGUAUUAGGUUCACGAGGAUUUUGUAAAGAUAAUCAUCCAAUCAUUGAAAAAUUAGCAAAUUAUAUUUUAGAAAGUACUGGAAAAUGUCGGAAAAUUAGUGAAGAAAAACAAUUAGAAUUCCAAAAUAAAGCUUUAGAAGUUGUUAAGAAAUUUGUACAUUUGUAUUUUAGGUUAAAUGCUCAAGAACCUAUUCCGAGUUAUUCGUAUUAUUUUGAAGCUGGUACUCCUUUAGCAAAUAGUGUCAUGGAUGGGCCGUGGGAUGAUGAUAACUUGGAUAAUUUAGAAGUUGAAAUCUGUUCGUUUCCUUUAAUUUAUAUUAAAGGUAAAGAUAAUAGUAAGAAAAUACUUUCCAAGGCAUUAGUUCUUCCGAGAGAAAAAGAAUAA